CGUUCGCUCCUCCAACGGCAUCGCACAGCAAACGGCCUCACAGCUCCUUCCAUCGUUCCUUUAGCACGGACUUCCCCGACAACCGAACCAGCACGAUCAUGAAGACCAUGUUCCUCGUCGCUCUUAUCCUUGCCGUCCUUGCUGCGGUUAGCGCCGGCUACCUUGGGCACUACGGCGGUGGAUACGGCGGAUACGGUGGAUACGGCGGAUACGGCGGAGGCUACGGCGGAUAUGGUGGAUACGGAGGCCACGGCGGAUACGGAGGCUACGGCGGAUACGGUGGAUACGGGGGCCACGGUGGAUACGGGGGCCAUGGUGGAUACGGAGGCUACGGAGGCUACGGCGGUUACGGUGGUCACGGCCACGGAUGGUGGUAGACCACUGCGCAAAAGAGCGAGAGAGAGAGAAUGUGUUUUCGACUGUAAAUAAAUGUUUAAUGAAAAACGAAA